AUGAAAUCUAUCCUUGAAGGAGAUCUAAACUCCAUUACUCUUAUUCAAAUUGUCCCUUCCAUGGCUUCAGAAGAUAACAUCCAGCAGGCAAUCCAAGCCGUCAGGGAUGGCCAAUCCAUCCGCAAAGCUAGCGAGGCAUGGGGAGUUUCCUUUUCUACCCUCCGGGACCGAGUCGUCGCCAACGCCCAACCGAAGGGACAGUACGAAGCACAGGUGAUGCAGAAGCUCAGCCCUGAUCAAGAAAAACACUUGGCCGACUGGGUUCUUGCCCAGGAAGCUCUAGGGCUUCCGGUGAAGCAUCGACAAAUCGAGGUCUUCGCUAACCGUAUCCUCCGUGCCUCUGGAUCUGACCAGACUAUCGGUGAACACUGGCUUCAGAAGUUCAUCGGAAGAUAUCCAGUUUUAAAGACAAAGAAAGAUAGACGUAUGGAUAUCAAACGGUUGGAUGCAGCUAGUACUGAUGUUAUCAAGGCCUGGUUCCAUCUCGCGAUCCCAGUCAUCCAGACAAUUGACCCGCAGGACCGUUGGAAUAUGGAUGAAACAGGGAUAAUGGAAGGUCUGGGAAUCAACGGCUUAUGCGUUGCAUUAUCGGAGACGAAGGAAGCGUUGUCGAAACAUCCCGAGUCCCGGAUCUGGACAACCAUUAUAGAGUGCAUCUCAGCAACCCGAAAAGCUCUCCCACCGUUAGUCAUCUUCAAGGGGAAAGACAUCCAACAACAGUGGCUCCCUGAUAACGACCAAGACCUUGAUCCAUUACGCAACUGGCGGUUUUCGACGAGUCAGAAUGGCUGGACAUCUUAUGAUAAUGCCCUCGAGUGGCUGACAAAGAUGUUUUGUCCGACGACGGCGACAUCGAAGAAGAGGCUCCUUAUUGUUGAUGGCCACGGUAGCCACGAGACUGACGACUUCAUGUGGACCUGUUUUUCCAACAAUAUCUACCUCCUCUUCUUACCUGGACAUGCCUCCCACGUUCUACAGCCCCUCGACCUGUCGGUUUUCUCUCCGUUGAAGACCACUUACCGCCGUGGUAUCAACGACCUCACUGUGAUGACAGACUGUGCCCCCAUUGGCAAGAGGCUCUUCUUACGGUGUUAUGCGCAAGCCAGGAAGGAUGCCAUCACAGAAAGGAAUAUCCGAAGUGGCCGGAAGGCAUCAGAAUUGUGGCCAGUCAACCUAGACAAACCUCUGAUGACUCGUCUACUGUUGAACCCAGCCAGCCAGCCAGCCAGUGACCGUCGGCUAAUCAAGACUCCAAACCGCAGCCAGGAGGUCCACAGAUUGAUAUCAACAAAUGUCCGUCUACGACGACUGCAAACAAUAGAUAGACCCAGUGGCUAG